GUGACAGAUGACAGAUGAGGUGACAAAGGAAGAUACCUUUCAAAUUCAAACUUAUAGGUUGUUUUUAUGAUAAUUUUGUUUACUUUAUUUAUUUUCUUGUGAUCUAUAUGUUGGCGGUGAUAAGUAAAACAAUUAAUAGAAUGUUUUAAAUAUAACAAAACAUGGAAUAUGAUAACAUCGAACUAAGCGACGAUGAAGAAGAAAUUACAGCUCAAACAGUACUGAGAACACUUCAAAAUGCUUGGCAAAAUGAACGUUUGGCACCAGAAAUACUUCCACAUCAAAAUGAAAUGGUCGAGUGUAUGCUAGGACAAAUACAGCAUAUGGAAAGAAAUAUAAACAAACUGCCUAAAACUGAUCUUCGUGCUUCUAUACACAAAAUGGAACUGAAUAGAAUUAAGUUUAUAAUUUGCAAUUAUUUGAAAACAAGGUUGGAUAAAAUUGAAAAAUAUUGCAUUUCCAUAUUGAAUGAUGAAAAACAAAGGCUGGAAUCUGGAACAAAUUACCUGACUCCCUCCGAAUACAAGUAUGCUCAGGAAUAUUUGAUUAACAUGGAAAGUCAUUUAAAAGAAGCAGCAUUAGAUCAUGUGCCAGGUAAUAUGCAAAGUUUUGACCUUAACAAAUUAGUCAUAUAUCCUAAUUUACAAGCACAUGUGUUCCUUAAAGCCAAUGAGACAGUUACAGGAAUUAUUUUAGAAGAUUUGGGUGGUGAUCAAGAUGAAGAAAUAGAUUUAGAAGAAAAUUCACAACAUAUACUUCAAUACAAACCAAUAGCGGAUUUAUUAAAAAGUGGAAAAGUACAACUUAUGUAAGGUUAUCUAAAUUCACAAAGUGCAAUUAAUGUUAAUAAAUUGUUGUUUAAUAUACCUUUUUUUUAAUGUGAUUUUUUUAAUCUUAUACACAGAAGGAUUAGAAAACAGUUCAGUAUUUCUCCCAUUUGUAUUAUUCAUCUUCUUCUGUCCAAUCCUUUUCCAGUUAAUCCUAGACAAAGUAAAACUCUAUUAGACAUAUCCCCAAUCAAAAGUGAAAAAUAUAUGGAUGGAUACUUGGAGGUAACUUUGAUAUCUCUGAUCUGAUUAUUGUCAAUGUAAAUAUAAAAAAAUGAAACAAAACGUAAAACUUCCAAUUAUUUUUAUUUUUAAGACACUUAAAAUU